AUGGCUGAACAACUCGACAUGGGUCGUCUCUCUCUGCACGACUCGCAACACGCUCCCGGCGGCUUCCAGCCUGAGCGUGCUGCGUACAUUCCCCCUCACCUGCGCGGCCGACAGUCGCAGCCCGGUCCGCCGCCCGCCAUGGACGGCCCAGCGCCGAUGAUGAACGGUAGCGGCGGUCUCGGCGGCAGCGCCUGGGGCCCCACCCGAGCAUAUGGUGGCCCUCCUCAGCAGCGCGUGAACGGCAAUGCUGGUGGCAACUGGGCCAACGCCCCCAACUUCACUCCUCGAGGUAGUGACGCUCCCCCACCUCAACAACCCGGAGGCGGCUGGGGUGCCGCGCCGGGCAAAUUCGACCCAAAUGCUUAUGGAAAACCAGGUGCAGGCGGAGGCGCUGCACGUGGAUCUGGCGAUGGACAGUGGAGGGACGGUAAGCACAUCCCCGGUCCCGCCAAUCCGCGUCUGGAGCGCGAGCUUUUCGGGGUCCCCAACGACCCGUCGAAGCAACACACCGGUAUCAACUUCGAGAAGUACGACGACAUCCCCGUCGAAGCCUCCGGCCAAGGGGUCCCGGAGCCCGUCACGAAGUUCACGAACCCACCUCUUGACGACCACCUCCUGGGCAAUAUCGAGCUCUCCGGCUACAAGGUCCCCACCCCGGUCCAGAAGUACUCCAUUCCCAUUGUCAUGGGUGGCCGCGACCUGAUGGCCUGCGCCCAGACAGGUUCCGGCAAGACCGGUGGUUUCUUGUUCCCCAUCCUCUCCCAGGCUUAUCUGCAUGGCCCGACUGCUGCUCCACCGGCACAGGCUGGCGGCUACGGCUAUGGACGUCAGCGCAAGGCCUAUCCCACCUCUCUUAUUCUGGCACCCACACGCGAGCUGGUGUCCCAGAUCUACGACGAGGCCCGCAAGUUCGCCUAUCGCUCCUGGGUGCGACCUUGCGUUGUCUACGGUGGUGCCGAUAUUGGCUCUCAGCUUCGCCAGAUCGAGCGCGGCUGCGAUCUUCUCGUCGCCACUCCCGGUCGUUUGGUCGACUUGAUUGAGCGUGGUCGCAUUUCUCUCCAGAACAUCAAGUACCUCGUUCUUGAUGAGGCCGAUCGUAUGCUGGACAUGGGUUUCGAGCCGCAGAUUCGUCGCAUCGUUGAGGGCGAGGAUAUGCCCCCUACCGCUGGGCGUCAGACUCUAAUGUUUUCUGCCACCUUCCCGCGAGACAUUCAGAUGCUCGCCCGCGACUUCCUGAAGGAGUAUAUCUUCCUUUCCGUUGGUCGCGUUGGCUCCACCUCUGAGAACAUUACUCAGAAGGUUGAGUACGUCGAGGACAUCGACAAGCGUUCCGUUCUUCUCGAUAUCUUGCAUACGCACGGCGCGGGUCUCACUCUCAUCUUCGUUGAGACGAAGCGCAUGGCCGAUUCUCUUUCCGAUUUCCUUAUCAAUCAGGGAUUCCCCGCUACCUCGAUUCACGGGGACCGUACUCAGCGCGAGCGUGAGAAGGCCUUGGAGAUGUUCCGUACCGGACGUUGUCCAAUCCUUGUCGCCACUGCCGUUGCCGCUCGAGGACUUGACAUAUCGAAUGUCCAGCACGUCGUGAACUACGACCUCCCGACCGAUAUCGACGACUAUGUCCACCGCAUCGGCCGGACCGGGCGUGCCGGAAACACAGGCAUGGCCACCGCUUUCUUCAACCGCGGCAACCGGGGUGUCGUCCGCGACCUCAUUGAUCUCCUGAAGGAAGCCAACCAGGAGGUUCCUUCCUUCUUAGAGAGCAUCGCCCGCGAAGGCUCCGGCUUCGGCGGUGGUCGCGGCGGUGGCGGUCGUGGUCGUGGCCGUGGUACUACUGCUACUCGCGAUGUCCGUCGCUAUGGAGGCGGAGGCGGUGGCGCAGGCGGCGGAGGCGGCGCUGGCUUCGGUGGAGGUUGGGGCGGUGGCGCUUCACAGGGUGGCUACGGAGGUUACCCACCUCCAGGUGGAUACGGACCUCCUAGCGGCGGCUACGGUGGUGGUGGCUUUGGGGGAGGCUACGGCAACCCCUCCGGCCCUGCCGGCAACUCGUGGUGGUAA